AUGUCUACACCUGUCCUCCGGCUAGGUGUCCUAGGCGCCACAAACGCCGUCCAAGCUACCUACCUCCCGGUACUCCAAUCCCUGAAAACUCACUACACCCUCACAGCCAUCUAUGAUCCCAACACAGAAAUCGCAACCCAAUGCCAAUCCCGCUUCGGCAUAACCCACAGCACAACAGUCGUCGAAGAUGUCCUACGCCAUAAAGAAGUGGACGUCAUCCUCAACCUCCUCCCAAUAGAGUACCAUGAACAAUACACCGUGAUAGCCCUCGAAGCCGGCAAAGAUGUAAUGGUCGAGGUCCCCCUCACAAUGAGCAUCUCAAGCCUGCGCCGCAUCCGCAAAGCAAUCACAACGGGCAAAGCCGCGCGAUCCCUCGACGGCGUCAACGAAACAGACGGCCCAAAGGUAUUUAUCGGAUGUGCGCGUCGCUAUGCGCCCUGCUUCACAGAAGUCUUCAAGAAAGAACUCGCCACCAUAGGCCGCGUGUACUACGCGCGCUGCCGACACAUCGCCGGACCAAUGAAUAACAUCGUCGCGUCGGCUUCGAAUGACAUCACGCAAAUGAAAAAACACAAUAACCCAGAGCAGUUCCGCGCGCUACUGCAAGACGUCUUCGGGUCUGAGGAAGAUCUCACGCAGGACAGAAUCGCUUUCUGCCGGUACCUCGGCAUGUUGGGUUGUCACGAUCUAUCGGUGAUGCGCGAAUCGUUGGGCCUCCCGGAUGCUGUUUCUAAUGUCGCCAUCACGGACCCGUUCUACUCUGCCAUUUUCCACUACACGAAUUCCGCUGAGAAUGAUGGUCAUCCGUUUACGCUUCUCUGGGAGGCUGGCAUUGAUGCCUUGCCUCGCUGUGAUGCACAUUUGACUGUCUAUGGCGCGCACAAGACUCUCACUGUGGAGUAUGACUUCCCGCGUCCUGGUGAGAAGAUCAGUACUGGUACCUAUGUGCGGGUUAUUGUUGAGGAAGCAGAUGAGACGGCAGAGAUGGACAAUGUCAAUGACAACCAGAUCAACGAGACUGAGAAUGCUGUUCCCCGUCCUCGCGUAAACCGGACGGAGACGGUUAGUACCUGUGACGAGGCGUAUGAGCGUGAAUUCAUUGCUCUGCAUUCGUAUCUAGUUAGUGGGGGUUCGCCGGCGAAGACGACUGCUCAGGACCCCGUCAUGGAUCUGCGAUUGCUGCUUAUGAUCUUUGACCACUACAACCGACAGUGCGGUACCAUUCGGACCCCUUUGGGUUGA